GGAAGAAGUGAGUUUGUAAGAUUGUCUGUGGGCGAAAAAACAAUCAGUGUCCACCACAGACGAGAACAUCAUAAUCAUGUCAGUCCCGACUGCUGCCGUGUCCUCGUCGUCGAGGAUUGCAUCGAGUGCAUGCACACCAGCAGCAUCUUCAAGUUCUUUUUUGGGAUGGGCUACAAAUGCGUUGAAGGCGGUCGUGGGGUCGUCAAGGCUAGGUGGAGUCUCACAGGAUGGGAGGCAAAAAGGCAUAGGUACACCAUCACCACCUGUCGGUAGAACCAGAAAACCGGCGAGGACUAACAUCAUAGGCAGGAUAAAAGAAAGCUGCAGUAGUCUUAGACCGAAUUCCGGUGCCGGGUCAAAUCUGUCCUCCUGCUCCUCUACAACUUCUAUAUCAUCGUCACGAGCUACUACAAAGAUCAUGCACCCCACACGUGAAGCAACCUGGCGUAGUAUCAGACGAACGCGUAUGCGUGACGCUUUGUGGAAGCGGCUACAUUCAGUUAAGGGUAGCAGGCUAAACGUGUUGUUAAUUUGUCUUUCCUAAGGGAGACAUGCAUAUGCAUAACAAACGGGAUUAUACAGAAACACCAAAGCCCACCUUUAAUUCAGCUUUUGACCCAGAUACCAUGGAACGGCGAAUCAUCAGGACUCAUCCUCAUAUGCUCAACUUUUUGAAUGUUUGGGUGGACUAUGAGAUGGACACUAUGGACCAGAGAAGAAACCGGAAUCCUGGCUUUGAAGAUGACGAAAACCUAAUUCCUGCAGUGCCGGAAGAAGUGAGGGAGGGUUUGGAAGGUAUUGCUAGGACACGACUAUGUAGUAUAGCGUCUACUAAGAAUAAACUGUGUAUGAUCUUCUGUAACUUCAAUAAACCGCACAUCAAAUUUUUGAUCUGCGUUCCAAAUUUUUCCAGCUUUCCUCACCUCCGACGAGCAGGCCCCUCAACCGCAAAUGUGUGCGGACGAGAGGUCGAAACUUCGCUUCCUGCUCCAACGGCUCGUGAGCGGCGACCCCCUCUCCCGUGGCCCAGCGCACUUUCCCUCUACUUAUCUCAGACUAGGACCCCAAUACCCCUUCCAGCCAGGGCAUUAUCUGGCUUUACAGAAGCGUGCAGGCUCAUUGAAGGGCCACGAACUGACGAAGAGGAUACAUUUGAAGGGGUUGGACAUGGAUGAGAAUGGAGUGGCGAUCACGAGAGCUGGGGAGGAUGGUGGAGAAGGCAGAGCAGGAGAGGAUGGACAUCAAGAAACAGCCCUCCAUAUUCCAAAACGGCGUAGAGAACCUGAUUUGUGGAGAGACGGUUGUUUUGAUCAAGAAGACUUUCUAUGUGAUCGAAAGAGGUGGUAUGCUAAUGGUUAAGCUUACGCUCUAUCAAUUACGGCCGCUCGGCAAAAAAUGCUUUUUCCAGAUUUCAUGGUGCCAUUGCAGAUUAAAAUGUUGCUUCUACCUUUCGCUUGAU